AAUAAUAAACAAUAAUAAUAACAAUUAAAAGCAGAGAAGAGGGGCCAUCCUCCUCUAUCUCAGAUUGGCAAGCUAAAAAUUAAAGCAAAAUUCAUAAUUUUUCACUUGUUGAUCACAAUUUCUUAUAUUUACAUCCCAAUCUAUCCCAGUCUCUUAUCUGUAUAUGGGUUUCCAUUCGACUUCAAGUCUCUUCACAAAUAUUAGAAGCUCAGAUGCCAAUCUCAACAAUGACGAAUGUGGGAGUGGCAUAAUUGUAAAAGCAUAUCCAUUAGGAAUGAUUCGAGUAAAUAAUGGUAUCAAUGAGGUCAAUUUAGAGAAAGAAGGGGAGACAGGACUUGAACCUUGUAUGGGGCUAGAGUUCGAUUCAGCUGAUGAUGCUCGUGAAUUUUAUAAUGCAUAUGCACUGCGAGUAGGAUUCAGAAUUAGGACUGGCCAGCUCUAUCGGUCACGCACUGAUGGUACUGUUUCUUCAAGAAGAUAUGUGUGUUCAAAGGAGGGUUUUCAGCUAAAUUCAAGGUCAGGAUGUCCAGCCUUCAUAAGGGUCCAAAGGCGUGAUUCUGGGAAAUGUGUAAUUGAUCAAAUCCAUAAGCAUCACAAUCAUGAACUAGGACUUGUUGAUGAAAGUCAUCCUCCUGUUAUGCAACAGAGAACUCCUAGAGCUAAGAAACCAUCAGCUGAGGUGUCUCAAAAGCCAAAAUUCAAGCUGCUUGAGAAUUUUGAUAAUCAGUGUCCAUGUCCAUCCGGCGUCAUUACUGUCAAACGUAUCAGAACAGAGGUGAAUGAAGGGCAGAUUAAAUCUGAACCUCAUGCAGGUCUACUCUUUAAUUCAGCUGAUGAAGCAUACAGCUUUUACCAAAUGUAUGCAGAGACUGCUGGAUUUAGAAUUCGGAUUGGUCAGCUAUUUCGUUCAAAAAAUGAUGGGUCUAUUACAUCUCGACGCUUUGUGUGCUCCAAGGAAGGCUUUCAGCAUCCUUCAAGAGUAGGAUGUGGGGCAUUUAUGAGGAUUAAGAGACAAGAAUCUGGAACUUGGAUAGUGGACCGUCUUCAAAAAGAUCAUAAUCAUGAUCUUGGCCUUCAAACAGGAAUUAAUAAGAAAAAUUAUGGUGCUCCUAAGAAAUUCAUAGAUGAUGUAAAUCUUGAAUUGGAUUCUAUAGACCUAGCUAAAAUAAAUUCUGGUCUGCCUAUCGAAAGAACCCGAGAAAACAACAUUGGAAGUGAUUGGUACCGUUUACUUCUUGAUUAUUUUCAAGCUAGGCAAGCAGAUGAUACUGGAUUCUUUUAUUCUGUGGAGGUUGAUGAUGGUAGUUGCAUGAAUUUAUUCUGGGCUGAUGGUAGGUCUAGAUUCUCAUGCAGUCAAUUUGGUGAUGUUAUUGUGUUUGAUACUUCGUACAGGAAGAGUAAUUAUCUAGUGCCAUUUGCAACAUUUGUUGGAAUAAACCACCACAAGCAGCCCGUGCUUCUUGCUUGUGCUCUAAUUGCCAAUAUGUCAGAGGAUUCUUUCACUUGGUUGUUUCAUACAUGGCUAAGGGCAAUGUGCGGAUGUCAACCAAAGUCUAUAAUAGCUGAUCAAGAUGUGCCCAUCCAACAAGCGAUUGCAAAAGUGUUUCCUGGGACGCAUCAUCGUUUUUCAAUGUGGCAAAUUAAGGCAAAAGAACGAGAGAAUUUGAGGUCAAUGGCCAAUGAGUUCAAAUAUGAAUAUGACAAGUGCGUUUAUCAAAGCCAAACAUCCAUUGAAUUUAAUACCAUGUGGAGUGCACUUAUUAACAAAUAUGGGCUGAAGGAAAAUACUUGGCUUAAAGAUAUGUAUGAAAAGCGUGAAAACUGGGUCCCACUGUACCUUAGGGGAAAAUUUUGCGCUGGCAUUUCCAUCAAUGAAAAUUUGAAAUCCUUCUUUGGUACAGGGUUGACUGCCCAAACAUCACUUGGAGAGUUUCUUUCAAGAUAUGAGCAAAGUCUUGCUCGACGUCGUGAGGAGGAAAGAAAGGAGGAUUUUAACUGCUAUAACUUGCAAGUUUUCCUGCAGACAAAAGAACCUGUGGAAGAACAGUGCAGAAAGCUUUACACACUCGCCGUCUUUAAGAUAUUUCAAAAUGAACUGCUAGAGUGCUACAAUUAUCUAGGAAUAAAGACUUAUGAAGAAGGAACUGUCAGCAGAUAUUCAGUGCGGAGAUGUGGGAAUGAGAUUGAUAAACAUGCUGUUACUUUAUGUGUGUCCAAUCUCAAUGUGUGCUGUAGCUGUCAAAUGUUUGAAUUUGAAGGUAUUCUUUGUAGACAUGUUUUGAGAGUCUUCAACUUAUUAGACAUAAGGGAAAUUCCAUCCCGCUACAUCUUACAUAGGUGGACAAGAAAUGCGGAGUAUGGUAUUGUUCACGAUGUUGAAUCUGGUGUUAGUCCUCAAGAACUGAAGUCAAUAAUCUUGUGGAGUUUGAGAGAAACAGCCUGUAAAUACAUAGAAGCUGGCACAUCAAGUCUUGAAAAAUACAAACUUGCCUAUGAGACUCUGCGGGAAGGUGGAAUAAAACUGCGCUGGCAAAGGUAAGCAAAAAAGAAAAACUUCACUCUAGGGCUAAAUUUUGUAGUUUAAGCAUGUUUGUGGAUAGUAUGUAUAAAAGCAUAUUUUUUUCCCAGUAUUUACUAGACUGUUGACUUGCAAUGGAUAAUGAUAUAUUUCUGUUGUAUCUGAAUUGGAGUUCUAAAUAUUGUAUGAUGUGCACCGGUUGGUUUAAUCAGUUUACACUGUGCUUGGACAGAAAUAAUGCUAACUGAGAUAGCAUUUCUUUUUUGAAA